GAGUGGGACCAUAUAUGCUCCGAGCAGUGUUAAUUUAACACUCGGGAUUUUACUGUGUACCAACGUAACUAUUAAUUAUGGACUUUAUGUAUGAUUUCAAGGGAAACAGUGCACACCUGGAGAUAGAGUAGACGGCAUUUUAAGCGUCACCGUCGCGUUCCGGUAGCGUUCUCCGCCUAUAGCCGCCCCAAACUGCUGUCUAGCAGCCGCAGCACACAAGCCUUUGAGACACAACAGUAGUCUUUCCCUCUCCCGUGGCUCUGGCCCUAGUUAAACGCUGGAAUGUUUGGAUAUGCUCGUCAUAUCCGUCAUAUGGUCUUUCAGGAAGUUAUCAACUGAACAUUACACACAUAGGCUACUUUAUAUCCCUGCGGCAUCUGUCUGGUUCACAUACUCUCUGCCGAAUAUUAUUCCCAUACCUAAUAAUGAGAAUGAAACUAUCAGUGACAGAGUUGUGCACUUUGAGGCAAAGCUGAGUGUUGUCUGUCUGGUCAACGUGAAGUUUGGCGAGAUGUGGCUCUACGGGCUUCUGCUACUUUCUCUUUCCUUCUGGACGUCCCAUUCAGUGUUUAAAAUACCUUUAAAAAUGUUUGCGGGGAAGUUCAACGCGUCUGUGCAGCUGGACCUCAGGCCUUUGCGAAAGAUUGAAAGCGCAGCGGAGAGUGGACUUUCCCUGGCUUCGGAUCCAGCUGGGAUCGUCAACUUUCUGGACAUGAUCAAUAAUUUAAAAGGAGACUCUGGUAGGGGAUAUUACAUACAGAUGGUCAUUGGGACUCCGGGACAAACGUUGAACAUCCUGGUUGAUACUGGAAGCAGCAAUUUUGCUGUAGCUGCAGCAGCACAUCCCUUCAUCAUACACUACUAUAACAGAGCACUUUCCAGUACAUAUAAGAGCUCCGGGAGGGGAGUUGCAGUAAAAUACGCACAGGGAGAAUGGGAAGGAGAACUGGGAAGUGACUGGAUCACCAUUCCUCAAGGGCCCAGUGGUACCAUCACUAUCAACAUAGCCGCAAUCAUUUCCUCAGAAGGCUUCUUUCUGCCUGGAAUCAACUGGCAGGGAAUUCUUGGACUUGCAUAUCCUUUACUGGCUCGGCCUGACCCAUCAGUGGAGCCCUUCUUCAACUCUGUUGUGAGACAGACCAGCAUUCCAGAUGUGUUUUCUCUCCAGAUGUGUGGAGCAGGAGUCUCUGCCAGCACUACAGCUGACCCGACGGGCGGCAGUCUGAUCAUGGGAGGAGUUGAGCCAACCUUGUACCGGGGUUCAGUUUGGUACACACCAGUCCUAGAAGAAUGGUACUAUCAAGUGGAAGUCUUGAAGAUUGAAGUUGGAGCCCAAAAUUUAAACCUAGACUGCAAAAAGUACAAUUCGGAUAAAGCCAUUGUGGAUAGUGGGACGACUUUACUGCGACUUCCUGGAAAUGUGUUUAGUGCUGUGGUGGAGGCCAUUAUGCAAACAUCACUGAUUGAGGAUUUCUCGGCUGGAUUUUUUGAUGGCACCAAGCUUGCAUGUUGGAUGAGAGGCGAAUCACCAUGGAGGCUUUUUCCGAAAAUCUCAAUCUACCUCAGAGCAAUGAACACCAGCCAGUCCUUCCGCCUCACCAUUCUCCCACAGCUAUACGUCCAGCCAGUCACCAAUAUCGAUGGCACAUUGGACUGUUUCCGUUUCGGAAUCUCCCCUUCAGCAAACGGCUUAGUCAUUGGAGCCACAGUAAUGGAGGGCUUCUACGUCAUCUUUGACCGCGCACAAAAGAGGGUGGGCUUUGCUGUUAGCGCUUGUGCAGAAAACGGUGGUGUGCCAUUUGCAGAGAUCGCUGGGCCCUUCCUAGCUGAGGGCGUAGCGUCAGACUGCACAAGUGGCGUGUCUCUUAGGGAGCCGGUGAUGUGGGUGAUCGCGUAUGGUUUGAUGGGCAUAUGUGCCUUGGUUCUGAUCUUACUCCUCAUCUUGCUCAUACUGCCUUGCCGACGGUACAGAUACGGAGAGAUUACAGAUGAGUCCUCGCUGGUACGGCAUCGCAUCAAGUGACGUCAGGCAUCAAUGGAAGAUGAGGAGGCACCAACUCAGCAAAUCAGGGCUGAAGGGAACUCAGAGCAGGUAACGGGGGUGAACACACCGCACUGAGCUCUGGUGCGAUUUCUGCCAGAUCCCAUUUAUUCCGGUUUGUCUUGGUGGAAGAUGUUGGGAUUUGGACAUUUGUUGACACUUGUGGACAUUUAUGGUUGACUGAACUUGAAGAGAAUAAAACUACUGAAGAAUUAAGGAAUCAUGAUUAUACAUGCGAUUCUUAUAGAAAAAAGAAAUCAUAAAUAAAAGUGCCAAAAUAUGAGUAUCAAUA